AUGGUCAACCAAGCUAUACAUCUGCUCAAGCAGUCCGGUGACAUAUCGGUCCGCCUAGCCAACGACAGCCUUCGAAUCCCCGGAUUCAAGCAACUCGAGGGAUGUCAAACUACAGUGGACAUGGAUGCAGACCCCGAGGUCUUCAUCAUGUUGGAGCCCAUCCAGAUCAUGGGAAGAAAGAUCACCCUCACAAACGACAUGCGAAAGAGCGCGCGACGGCUCCGAUCCGUCUUCACUGCCAGCACAUCGUUCUUCCAAUGGCGCCUCCCAAACGGCGAGAGGAUGCUCCGUGAGAACGGGAUCGAAAACAUUCCCAGCCAAAUCUUCGACGAGAUCAGGACUUCCCUCGCCCAGUCCGAUCCGCACUUCCUGAAGUUCCCGGCGGUGGCUAUCAAGAGAUGCCUUCUUCUGUUUACAAAGAGCUUCUUGCCCCAGACGAAGUGGGCUGCCCCCGGCAAGGGCAACACAACUGCGAUGGAUUUUGCCCAAUCAAGCAGCUCCAUGGUUGCCGAACCACCGACUAGCCCCCGCCAAGAGGCCUCGCCAUCGCCUGUGAUCGACGGGACUCAUGGUCCGUCGUCCUCGGUUCCUCAAAUCCACUCUGAAGGCAGGGCUGCUCCCGCUGCUCCACCCAUCCCCGUACCCUCGGCAAUCUCUCGAGAAGGCCGUGGCAGAGGCCGGGGAGCGACUGAGUCCCAGGGUGGUGGCAGAGCCAGCAGCGGUCGGGGAGGAAAGAAGGCUGGACCAAGUCGCGAUGACAUCCCCACUCCAACGAUGGAAGGCGAGCCCACUAUAAGUGACAAGCAUACCGCUGCGUUGGGCUUGAUCCAGCUCAGCUGCGCCUCGUCAUCUCGCCCAGCUGGAGACGCACCAGUCAGCGCAACGGCGACGGUCUCCCAGUCGCACAAGCCCGUGCAGCAACCUGAGGCCUCGGUAAAGCACAUUGAUGUCUCCGGGCCAUCAUCAAAGGAUGUUCGCAAGUCUUCCAGGAGGAAGGCGAAGGCCUCAUACCUGGCGCCGCUGGACAAACCCACCAGUGUCGAUGACAGCCGAGAUCCCUCCCCGUUGAGUCUGGCGGAGGCGGCCGGAGCCAGCCAGGGAUCAGUCCCCUCCGCAAGUUUUGCUUCAAUGAGAGAUCCCAACCUAGAAUUGGCAACGACCCUGGGCAAACAUCCAAGAGCUCAGCCCGAUCUCGUUGAGCAGAGUCACCUUCGCCCCACAACCUUCCGAAAGCACCAUCACGGGGUGUCCCACGAUGCACCUGAAAGUAGAAGCGAGGCGAUGGAGCGAAUGGAAGGCUACCUGGCUGGUGUAAAGGCGAUAAUGGAUAAGCAGGCCGAACAACAUCGAGUGGUCGCAACAUCCGAAGAGAUCCUCGCCAUGCGGGUCAACUUUCUCCGAGAGCGUGUGCGGAACUUCGAGGAGGAGAAGACGGCAAUGCUCGACAUGCAGCGCCGACAGCUCCGUCCGGGAUUGGUCACGCUGAAGAUGACCCCGCGAGUUCAGGAUCGCGUGAACCAGCUGUUCGGCUCAGACGGCAAGGGCGCUGGAUCCGGCACUGGAGCCCCUGCAGCUCAAGCCCAGGAUGCAAGGAGCAUUUCAGACCUCCCGACUGCACCCCAGCCAAAGAGUCAAAACACCAUCGGGGCUGAUGGCACUGUGCCGCCAAUGGGUUUCUUCAAACGCCCCACAGGUCGCCAGGAGUCAAACACGUCCAGCAACAUGACUUUGGUUCCCUCCUCGGAGCCGGAGAAAGACGGCGAUUCCAGCGACGAGGAGCCAGAUUACGACGAUGACGACAGCAAGGAAGAUCCGGAUUAUGAGGAUGAAUCCAGCGACGAAAGGUCGGAUGGGCCUACCGAAUCGUCGUGGGCGGCUACUAUCCCACCGUAG